UACUCCAUAGUACUAUGGUUUUGUGUUCUCUGGCUUACUUGUUUACUUUCAUGUGAAUGACAGCUUGAAUAAAUUGACAGCAAGCUCUCUCUGACAGGGUUACAAUAGCUAAACUUUACUUGGCUGUUCUCCAAGAACCACGUAGCCCUUGUGUGCAUUCCCCUGCGCACGUCCAAGCAGCCCUUCUACACAAGGAAGCUCCUGAUAUCCCGAUAAGGAAGUCUUUACUGGUGGAGCAGAGCGACAUGAAGGUAGAACUGCUGCCAGCCCUCACUGACAACUACAUGUACCUUCUCAUUGAUGAGGAGUCAAAGGAAGCUGCCAUCAUAGACCCAGUUGAACCAGUGAAGGUUGUAGAAGCUAUCAGAAAGCACGGUGUGAGACUUACAACAGUUCUGACCACCCAUCACCAUUGGGACCAUGCGGGAGGCAAUGAGAAGAUGGUGAGGCUGGUGCCUGGUCUCACUGUGUACGGAGGAGAUGACCGGGUGGAUGCCCUCACUAAGAAAGUCAAACACUCCAACACAUUCAAAGUUGGUUCACUUACAGUCAAGUGUUUGUUUACGCCAUGCCACACCACUGGCCACAUUUGCUACCUUGUGACCAAAGACAACAGCACUGAGCCUCCAGCUGUCUUCACAGGGGACACACUGUUUGUUGCUGGCUGUGGGAAGUUUUUUGAGGGUACAGCUGAACAGAUGUACAGGGCAUUGAUAGACGUGCUGGGACGUCUGCCCCCUGAAACACGUGUUUACUGUGGUCAUGAGUACACCAUCAACAAUCUGAAGUUCGCUCGACAUGUGGAGCCCGACAACGAGGUCAUCAAGAGAAAACUAGCAUGGGCAAAGGAGAAAGUCAGUAAUGGAGAACCAACCAUCCCCUCCACUGUGGCUGAAGAAUUCAAAUUCAACCCCUUUAUGAGAGUGAAAGAGAAGUCUGUGCAAGAGCAUGCUGGGCAGAAUGACCCUGUUGAAACCAUGAGGAGUCUCCGUAAGGAGAAAGAUGGCUUCCGGGUCCCCAAGGACUGACUGCAGAAUGGAGUCUAGUGAAAUCCGUUCCACUACAUGCGUACCAGUGCACUGGACUUGUUACUAACAACUAUGGCAAAAUAUUUCCUACCUGUUUCAUUCACUACAUAAAAUACUGUAUUUACUACAUUUCAACAUUCUGUACAUUAGCUUAUAGACCUAAUGCAAGCAUCAAGCAAAACAUUGUAGUCUCGUCACGAGGAAGACGAGAGAUUGAGUAUAAACUGGAUUUACAGAAUACAAUUUGAUAUGUAUUGCAGAAGAUUGAUUCAAGAAUCUUGACUUGAAUUAAGUUUUAAUUUAGCUUUUAAUCAGGUUUGAUUACUGAAAUGUACAGUUUGAUGUAGAGUGAAUACAGUAUUGAUAUUCUAUAAUGUGAAAUAAUAUUUUAAUAAACCCCAACAAUUCUUAUCUGCAGAAGCAAAACCAAACUAUAAAGAGCAGGGUGAAGCUUGAAUAAGUAGAUUGUCUUAAUGUGCAAUGUUUGUAAAUUAAUUUAGACUUUUUGUCUCUGUAUAAAGGUUUCUUAUCAAGUGUUUGACUUUAAUAUGGUAUAUUCACUGAAGACAAUAUUUCAGAGGUUUGGGGUAUAGUCCCUUUAGAGAAGCCAGGGCUACCUUAGUGUGAUUGCUGGACAUAUAGAAAAUCAAGACUGAAGCGCUUCCUAACAUCUCUCAUACUAUAGAAAAUAAGACAACUUAUGCUCUUUGUUAAUCAAAAGCUCCAUAUAUAUAUAUAUAUAUACAUACACACAUAUCAGGCUUUUUUGUGUGCCAAUGAAGUUUGUGAUGCAUAGGUUUUAUUAAAAGCUCCAUUGUCUCCUUCACAGAAAAAGCAAUAAAGCAGAUUGUUUCUAUU